GCGGUUGUGAUUUAAAAUGUGUUCAUGAAAAUAUUGUGAAUAUCGAUACAUAGUAUUUCUGCAAUUUAUAUAGUCUAAAUGAACUUGGAUUUUGCGAAUCAUCAUUAUCAUCAUUGAGUAUUAAGCAUGGAUUAAUAGAUAACGAUAAAUCAUAAUCUACUAUUAAGACUAUAAAAUACAAUUCUGCCGGUAUUAAUUGUGCAAUAUGGCGAUGCGUGUGUUAGUAGUUAUUGGGAUAGCAAUCGCGACAGCGAGGGCGAGCCAAGAUGCCGUCCUAGCGAGGCUAGACCCUGGACCACGGUACCAAUACGUUUCGGGAGAGAAUGGAAUCGAACUCCAGGACUUGUGGCUCAAAUCCAGAGACAUUGAGGAGGCUGGGUACUACGACCCUGAUUAUCAUAAUGGGUAUCAUCUAUUCACCAGGUCCAACCCGUCAACCAGCCAGCCUCUACCAAGAGGAUAUAAGGAUACGUUAGCAAAGUCUUACUACGAUCCUAGGAAGAGAACAAUUGUGUUAGUUCAUGGAUGGCAGAACACUCCUACUUCCCAGUUUCAUGUUGUUUUAAUACCAGCGUUCCUGGAAGCUGAAGAUGUGAAUGUUAUCAUGACGGACUGGAGUGUUGGAGCUGCCGGGAACUACCUGCCAGCCUUGCUGAACUGCAUCAGGUCUGGUGAAAGUGUAGCGAAGUACUUGCAGUGGUUGGUAGAGGAGAGUGGAGGGGACCUGUCCCGCUUCCACCUGGUAGGGCACAGCCUGGGGGGACACCAGGUCGGCAUCAUCGGCAGGAACCUCGGCGGCGUGGUACCUUACAUCACUUCUCUCGACCCCGCUCUUCCUGGAUGGAUAACUAAUCCGAACCGCUUCAAAGCUGACGACGGUCUUUACACCGAAGUAAUGCACACCAACGCUGGAGUGUCAGGGUUUCUCACCGCGCUAGGGCAUGUCGACUUCUACCCUAAUGGUGGAGUUAACAUGCCGGGCUGUGCGGACAGGUCGUGCAGUCAUCAUAGAUGUAACUACUAUUUAGCAGAGUCUUUAAAGGGCAGGUUCCUGGGCUCCCAGUGUGACAAUUUGGCAUCGGCCCUCAUUGGAGACUGCGAUGGACGCACUCUGAACAUGGGCGGUCUCACUCCUAAGCCUGAGUACACUGGAUUAUACCACGUCGAAACUAAUGCGUACUCGCCGUUCUCCAAAGAUUAAAUUAUUUAAUAUUAAGACAUGUUUUAUUUAUUUAAAUGUAUAAAGAAGACUAUCUAGC